CUCAAUUAUAAACAGACAACAAACAAACAAAAAUCACACUACAGAAAUGCAAAGCUAAAAUGGUGUGUUUUAAGAUCUUUUCAAAAUAUCUCCAGUGUCCACACCCAUCAGGUUCUCUGGCAGGCUAUUUCAGAAGUUGGGGGCAUAAAGGCUGCCUCUCCAUUGCCUCUUGGUCCUUGGCUUUGGGAUAGUUAAAUGCCCAGUGCCUGAGGGACCUCCUGGGUACAUAACUUUGAAGCAUGUCUGACAUGUAUUGGGGUUCAUGAUCAUGGAUUGAUUUAAAAAACAAUCGAUACCCUUACAAGUAAUUCUAGAACUCACAGGUAAUCAGUGCAGAGAUAUUAAAACCGGUGUAAUGAUUGUUUUCCGUCUGCUAAAUGACUUAAAUGUAAUGUAAAUGGUCUUGGUCAGUACCCAUUUUGCAGCAUUCUGUAUGUUUUGCAGUUGACCAAUGGCUUGCUUGGGUAGACCAGACAGGGGAGUAUUACAACAGUCAAGUCUGCUUGUAAUAAAAGCAUUGAUGAGUCUCUGUAUGAGCCUGAGCUAGAAACAUAUAAAUCAAAGCUCCCUCUUAACAAAAUAUGCCUAUGCCCACACACGCACGCGCGCGCGCGCGCGCACACACACACACACACACACACACACACUUCCUGAGCGCCAACUCAGCCACCAACUCGCUGAUACAAAGUAAACUCUCCUCAUUUAUAGCCUAUAGUGCACCUGCGCGGAGGGCUGAAUGUCUGACGGUUUUUGUUUUUUCCUAUUAAAUAAGACCUAGACGACAAGGUGAGGGGAAUUCCGUACUAAAUUAGUGACCUUAAUUGAUCUGCUUUAAAUGGCUUUUGUGUCAACUGUGUCACAAAUUAGAACGCAUUACGCAAUAGUUUAUGACGCUUUAACUGUAGCAUUAUAAUCAUGAUUAGAGCGGUCCACUUUAUGCUCUUGCUACAUUUGCUCACGGUUAAACCAACCUUCAAACGCACCAUUAACGGGGCAAAUGCUGAACACUAAAUGUAGCAGGCCUAGAUGAUAGCUUCCAUCGCCAGUAUGUUUGCUACAGCAAAUAAUUAUUUCAGGAACGGUGAGAAUUUCUCUUCUCGGCCUCUGUUCCUAGGUCUUGAUGUGACAAUCCUUGUCAAGACCGUUGUGUUUUUGUUCUGCUCGGGCAUCAUACUGUGGUGCUUAUGGGAUCUAUGGAGAGGAAAUGAUGACGAUGAUGACUCAGAUUUUUUGGACAUGCUGAAGGAUUUGACCACCCAGCGCUACACUCUAUACAGUAGCUGCGUAGACCAUGUGAAGGAACUGGAUGAUCUUCCGGAGAACACUGUGCACAAGGUCAGCUGUGGGAGCAGAAGACAAAGGAAGCCACGGCGGAGGCAGCCUCCAGAUUCCUAUCUUGACUCCAGCCCAGAUUAUAGCCCUGCUACUAAAUGUGACUCUGAAUACGACAAUGAAUAUGACUUUUUCUAUGACAGGGCCAAUGAAUUGGAAACAAAGAGAAAACCUUUAUUUCCCUCCAAACGUCAUGUCGAGUUACCGUCUGACUGCAAACAGUGUGGGUCUAUGCACCUGUGCAACAACGAUGGUGACAGGUGCGUCAACAUCAGAGUGGACACUCCAGAGUCCAGAAACGACACCGCCACCAGCAGUGAGACGGAGCACAGCUUUUGGCCUCUGAACAUUAUGGGGUCAUCUGAUUCUAUCAGCUCAUUUACCUCCUGGUCCUCUUUCAGCUCAACAUCCAAUCCAUCUACUCUUGUGUCUGAGAUGAGUGAAACAGUCCAUGCUACACCAGUGGUUUCUAAAGAUGAGCCAUCCUCUACUAACAAAGGUCCCGCUGGCAGGUCAGAGUUGAAUAACCCACUGUCAGUAAAAAUGCAAGGGAGGCACAAUCUAGAGCACAGCAUCCGCCGAAAGGUCAUACGCAGGUUAUGGAGACGUGCCAUAUUGUUGGUUCGAGUUAUUGGGAUGCUACUCCCAGAAAGACUGAAGCAGGCCACAAAGAGGAUUCCUGAAAUUCUUUUAAUUGUUGAAGAGGAAAAUCAUAAACCAAUGGUAUGUGACAAAGUUACAGAUCCCAACCAGCACGACAACGCAAAGACCACAUUUAAAAAAGAUAACACUACUCUUAUAUCCCAGGUGGCAAUCAAUGGUCAGAAAGAUCUGAAACGGGAAAAGAUGGAGACUAGAACAUCUAGCAAGCCCUUAGGUUUGAAAUUAUGUCCAGGGUUGGUGAAGACUCCUCGUCCUCAAUGUUUUGUCCAUCUUUUUGCAUAUCCCAAGCCGAGAUCAUUUUUAAUCCGUAUGAUUGGAGAGGAAACAACUGAUUUCCUUGAGAUGACUCUGAAGCAAAACCGACUACACCACCUACUGGGAGUGCCUACUCUCUACUCAGACUCCCUGGAGAAGACGGCAGCCGAGGAGGUCACACCACAGCCAGUUCAGUUGGAUUUCCAUGGUGAAGAAACCCCAUUCCUCCCCCAGGAGAUAAGGAACAGACUUGAGUGUCAUGUGAAGCAUAAAGUGAUAAAAAAGCAGUGGGCUCUUCCCAAGCUUGCUUUGAAGUAUAUAAAAGCCUUUAGGUCAGAAGGCGCUAAGUAUCAGAGAUAUAAGAGUAUGGACAACAGAAAUCUGAUUAUAGACAGUAACGCUGAAACAAUUUCCCAGCCUCUGAUCACUUGCCAACAACUUCAGGAUGAGAUAGGGCCAAUAACAGUAACAUCACUGGAAACAGAGGGGGGGGAAUCCCUCUCUGCAGCAUCAAGUCAGUCUGAUUAUUCUACUGAGGAAAGUGUAUGUAGCAGCGUUCUUGUCAUAGAUACAUCCACUCAACCUGAUGCGUUGGAAGUUAGCAAAACUUAUCCCAGGACCAAAUUUGAAAUAGAACUGAAAAGCAAGUGCCUGGAAAUCAGAUUGUCUAUGCCACAGGGAAGGGUUCCUCCAAAGAGGUUGGUAAAGAAGCUAGUCGGACCAGGUAUGCGCAUCCCUAUACCCAGAGUGAAAAAUAUUUUAUUCAUGAGAAAGGUAUCCAUUAAACUUCUUGAGAUGAACCUGAAACAGAAGCAUUUGGCAAAUGCAUUGAGAGCACCUACCAUCUUCAGCAAGUCUGUGGAACUGAUCACACCCAAAGAAACUCCUCAGCCUAAAGAAGUGUCAGAGGUAGAGUUUGAAUUUAAUUGUUCUAAGGCACUUAUCAGCAAAGAAAUGAGAGACAAGCUAGAGUUCCACAUCAAACGCAAAAAAAUCCAACACCUCUGGGGUCUGCAGGAAUCUCUUAAUGCCCUCAUACCCAAGGCACCAAAAAUGGAUCCCAGCAGGGUUUUCCCAAAGCCCAAGUAUGACGUUGAGGUAGUGACAAGUGACAUGCCCUUUUUGAUUGACGAACAGAAAGAGGCUUUAGAGUGCAAUGUGAGGAAAAAGAAAACUCAAAAGAACUGGGGUUACCCAAAACUGAUAAUGGACUCUCUGAAGGCAGAGGUUCCUGAGGCCAAAAACCUGGACAAGAGACACCCUCCAGCAGCUUCCAAGGAUGUCCCUGUGGAGCCGAUGUCAUCAACGUCCUCGCAGAACUGAGUAACAAACACCAGAACUCCCACAGCAGUCCUGAAGGGAGAAGUGUAUCUUGCUCCACAGGUUUGCUCUUAGUUUAUUUUGACCCACAUAUCAAAUAAACACCCAUUUGGUUGUGUGCAAUAUUUUUAGGUGAGCUGGAGUAGUUUUUAAAAUCAACACUAGGGGGAAGACUCAGAAUUUGAGCAAUGCUCUGACACACCGAGCCAGAUAUAACUCCGCUCCAAGCAAAAUAACAUUGCAUCAUUUCCUUGAAAUCCCUGGUGAUGUUUGCGCAAUCGGUUAGUAGUGCAUCUUAUGUAAUACAAGAUAUUUUAGGACUUAAGUUGACAUUCCUUUUCUGCAUUCUGUUGAGCAAAUGGAAAAUUGCAGUAUCAGAUUGACCAGAUUUUACAGUACAUUUAAGUCAUUAAGCAGACGCUCUUAUCCAGAGCGACUUACAAAUUGGUGCAUACACCUUAUGACAACCAGUGGAACAGCCA